AUGGAAAACUUCAUUCUCGGCAGAGGACGAAAGCUCUUCGCUGAGCAACUGAAGGACCUUGAGGCUAAGGAUCCGUUGUACGAGACAUACACCGACAACAGAGGUCGUCAGAAAAGGCGAAAGAGAGCAUUGCCGUCGGGCCUCACACCUCGUGACGCGAAGAUUCUGAAGUCGGUCAAUCGUCGCGCACAUUACCUCGAUAAGGGCUUCCGCAUCUUGGGCAUGCGCUUCGGAUGGACGUUUGUCGUCGGCAUCAUCCCUGGAGCAGGUGACAUCGCUGACGUAUGUCUUAACUACUUCCUCGUUAUACGCAAGGCAAAGCAAGCAGAGAUACCCGACCACCUAUACCACCAAAUGCUUGCCAACAACCUCAUCUCCGCCACUAUCGGCUUCGUCCCCGUCCUAGGCGACAUCCUCCUCGCCGUCUAUAAAGCCAACUCGCGCAACGCCGCCAUACUCGAGAAGUUCCUACGCGAACGCGCGGAGCAGGUGCAGAAGGAGAUCGAUGAGGCACAACAGGUGGCUCAGGAGAUAUCCGUGGCACAGGGCAGCGCAAGGGACGAGAAACGGCCGGCGCAGAAGAGGGAAGGCAGUCGGUGGUUUAGCCGCAAGGGGAAGAGCACGAACGGCGCUUCGGCUGCGAACCCCCCUGCGCGUGUUUCGCGCGGCUCGGGGGACAGCCGGUUCGUGGAGGCUGUCUCGUCGUGA